GAUGGAGGAGGCGCCAAAAUCCAGUCUGGCGCUACUCGGCGACUCCGAACAGCAGCGAAAGCCACAAGCGCCGAAGCGGUUCGUCCGGAGCCAAAUCCCGGACUCCAUACUCCACGACCCUUCUCUCAACGCCGCCAUAAGCCUCCUCCCCUCCAACUACCACUUCGAGGUCCACAAAUGCGUCUGGCGCGUCCGCUCCACGCACGCCUCGCGCGUCGCCCUCCAGCUCCCGGAGGGCCUCCUCAUGUACUCCCUCGUCCUCUCCGACAUCCUCUCCACCUUCGGCGGCGCCUCCCAGUGCUUCGUCCUCGGCGACGCCACGUACGGCGCGUGCUGCGUCGACGACCUCGCCGCCAAGGCCCUCAACGCCGACCUCCUCAUCCACUUCGGCCACAGCUGCCUCGUCCCCCUCCACGUCACCUCCAUCCCCUGCCUCUACGUCUUCGUCGAAAUCUCUAUCGACGUCGGCCGCUUAAUCCAGACCGUCCAUCUCAACCUCCAAAACCCUAUCCCUAAAACCCUAGUCCUCGCCGGAACAAUCCAGUUCGCUUCGGCGAUCCGAGCCGCCAAACCGGAGCUGGAGGCCCGGGGGUUCAAGGUCUUAGUCCCACAGUCGAAGCCGUUGUCCGCCGGCGAGGUUUUGGGCUGUACCGCCCCGAAAAUCUCGCGCGGUGAGGACGGUGACGCUGUACUGGUCUUCGUCGCCGACGGCCGGUUUCAUCUGGAAGCUUUUAUGAUAGCUAAUCCGGGGGUUAAGGCGUUUCGGUACGAUCCGUAUAUGGGGAAGCUGUUUCUGGAGGAAUAUGAUCACAAGGGGAUGAGGGAGUCGAGGAAGAGUGCAGUUUUGAGAGCCAAAGAGGCUUCGAAUUGGGGCAUUGUGCUCGGGACCUUAGGGAGGCAAGGGAAUCCGAGGAUUCUUCAGAGAUUGGAGAAGAAGAUGAGGGAGAAGGGGUUUAAUUAUACUGUGGUUUUGAUGUCGGAGAUUAGUCCUGCAAGAAUUGCUUUGUUUGAGGACUCUGUGGAUGCUUGGAUACAGAUUGCGUGUCCUCGGCUGUCCAUUGAUUGGGGGGAAGCGUUUACGAAACCCCUUUUGAACCCUUUCGAGACUGACAUUGCUCUCGGUUUUGUUCCUGGUUGGUGGGAGAGGGAUAAGAAAAGUGAUUCAGGUUGCUGUGCUUGUGGUAAUGGCAAUGGGACUACUGAAGAUCUUGUGGGGGAUUAUCCUAUGGAUUACUAUGCUGCGGAUGGAGGGGAGUGGAACUCCUCUUAUGUCAACAAGCCUACACGUCCUGUUCGCAGAGAUUCUGCAUUGGCUAGUGCUAAAAGUGAAUAGGUUAGUUUUGCUUCUUGACUUUUUGUACAAGAUAGUUAGUGUUGUUUUCAAUCUCCAUCGGUUAAUUCUCUGUUACAAAUUUUCAUACACCUGGUUUGAAGUUGCUAAAGUUUACUGUACUAUAAUUUGCUUAUUGUUUGUAGACUCUAAUGUGUUUAUGGUUUUACCUAGAGCUAAUCACAUAUGAGUUUCUUUUUUCAAUCUUUUGUACCAAGUUAUAACUCUCUAACUUAUAAUUUAGGCUUUACAGUUUCUGUUUUGUUUGCAUUCAAUCUCAGAUUUAGGCUUUUCCUUGAUGUUAGUCUGUAAUUUAGGCUUUUCCU